UGUACACUUGGUGUACUACGAAAAAAGAAACAACUAACCCUAACCCUAUUAGAUCUAUAUCUAGAUUCUAGAUAUACCAUUAUAUAGAUUUAGAUAUAUGUAGUCUGGAUAUAGAAUCUAGAUCUAUCAUUCUAUUAAAAUAAAAUGGCAGAAGCUUCAACAGGAAGAUUGGUCUGUCAAGAACGCUUUGGUUGCACCUCACGAAAGUAUGAUUAUAUUCUCAAAGAUGAUGAGAACAGAUUAAAGCAAAUUGAUACAUCUGUCAAGCACAGCUCUAUAACCCAUUUAUUUAAGAAUGUCUUCCUGCCGCAAGGAUAUCCAGAGAGUGUAAGUCCAGACUACUUGCGAUAUCAAAUCUGGGAUACUAUACAGGCUUUUGCCAGCAGUAUCACUGGAGCCUUGGCUGCCCAUGCAGUUUUGAAAGGUGUUGGAGUGGGAGAUGAAGAAGCUACAGUUUUGGGCGCUACAAUAUCCUGGUUGUUGAAAGAUGGAACUGGAAUGGUUGGUCGUAUUCUGUUUGCCUGGGCUAAAGGAAAUGGACUUGACUGUGAUGCAAAGAGAUGGAGGCUGUUUGCUGAUGUGCUCAAUGACACUGCCAUAUUUAUGGACAUUUUAGCUCCUAGUUUUCGAGGUUACUUCACUCUUAUUGUUUGCACUUCUGGUGUCUGCAGGAGUAUCGUGGGAGUGGCUGGUGGUGCUACACGGGCUGCUCUGACUCAGCACCAGGCUCGUCGCAACAACAUGGCCGAUGUAUCUGCCAAAGAUGGCAGUCAGGAGACUUUGGUUAAUUUAGCAGCUCUGCUUUGUAACCUCAUGUUGCUUCCCCUUGUGAGUGGUCAACAAAUUGUCAUCUGGCUUUUAUUCUUCUUGUUUACACUGCUUCAUCUGUUUGCCAACUACAAGGCUGUGAGAUCUGUUUGUAUGGAGACACUGAACCAAGCCAGACUUCACUACAUUGUCAACAAUUAUUUGUUAAAGGAACAGGUCUUAGAUGUGGCUACUGUCAACAAAAUGGAGCCGGUGCUCUUUCCUGUUAAACGACCUUUAAACCUCAGACUUGGAGUUUCUGUAGGAGAAGUGACAAAGAGCAUAUCUUUCAAUUCCUUGAUGGAUGUUUAUGAAAGAAGUAUGACUGGCUACAUUCUGGCCCUUGACUUCAGCAGAAAGAACAUCAAUAUUGUACUGUCCCAGUCAUCUGAUAUGCUCGAUCAAAUCCAGGCCUGUUUCCAUGCAGAAUUGUUGAAUUUUAUCAUUGAGCAGAACAAAAAGGGGCAGGAACUGAGUCCAAAAUUAAAACACUUGGGAAAGUUGGUUGCUGAAACUCAACAGACAAAAGUUGUGGACGAAGAGAUGAUGAAGUCUGUGUUAGCCACAUCCUUACACUUUGUGGAGAGCUGGAUUUCUCCUUUGACUAAAGAUCUCCACAACAAAGGGUGGAUCACUGAGAUAGCACUCCUUGGAGCCAAUGAAUGGAGGGCAUUGUGGGAUUAUGAGGAACUCAUCAGCAAGAAGUCCAAUUAAACAACAGUCACUUGACAUGUUACAACAGUUUCUUCUAGUCUUCUCUUGUUAUGCUGCCAAAAAAAAACAGUUAAAAUUUUUUAUGCACAAAAAUCAGAGUUUGUCUAUUGGCUUUCUCAAUCUAACAGGAUAUUUGAAAAUAGGAAUAAAACAAAUGGACCUCUAUAUUUAUAUAAUAGAUACAAAGGUGCCAUAUAAUGAUAUGAUUAUAAUUAUUAGUCAAUGAAAAGGGAUGAACUCAUUAGUAAUAAUAAUAAUCUUUAUUGUCCUUAAGGAAAUUUGUCUUACAAUUUGUGCAUUACACCAAACAAAACAUUCUUACUAUUAAAAAGCAAAAUUAAGUGCCAUUUACUUAUAAAACAUAACAAUAAAUUAAUUCUUAUUAGUUAAAAAAGAAACGAUUGUUAAAAAUUAAUUCUAAAUCAUAACAAAUGUUUCAUAUGUAUAAAUGUGUAUCAUUGUUAUCUACUAUUAUCUCCCUUUCAAAAAGUAUUUGAAAUGUGUUAAAACAAAACAGAAUUAAGUUUAACUUCAUAUAAAAAUCUAAAGGAGUUUAACUUCUAGUUUUACUAUUUUAUGUUUAAAAAAAAUAAAUUAGUUUCUUGUUUAAUGUACUGGAGAAUAUCUAUAUUAUAUUAUAGUUUACAUUAUCUCUACUUAUUGAGAAAAGUUGUUUCUGUUAUUUUGGGUAAGCCAUGACAGUAUUUCAACACUUCCAGUUUGUUUGAAUGUAUUCAGUUUUUGUUUCACCUCACAAAAAGUGCAGAUUUUGUUUUAAAAUGAUGCAAAGCAGAAAUGUUUUGAAUUGAUGUUAGCUUACAAGGGGAGAUAGCUCCUGCACUUGUUCUCUUGCAGUGUUAAUCCCUGUAAUGUUGUUUGUUUCCCCUGCAGUGUGCAAUAACUUGUGUGAUACUAGCCUCAACCCCAUCACAAUGUGUGAGUGAUGCAAUUUUUGUAAAAUAAUUAACCAAGUUAAAUUCUGCUGUCAUUCAAUGAAUCUCAUUUACUGAAGCUACAUCAUAAAGGUAUAUCUCAGUAGAUAGAGUUUUACAAGAAAAAAGCAGUAGAAUUCAACAAAAACUAAUUGUCCUCCAGUUUAGUGUUCAUAUUUUUAUAAUGUAGAAAAGCAUAUAUUACUACUUUGACCCUUUAAGAGGGUGGGCUUGUUUUUGCAUUUACUUUUGACAUCCCUUUUGUAUAGACUUCUUAUUGUUGAUCUAGGUCAGUGUAAGUUGGGUUGUUGUUUUUUUUAUCAAUCACUACCAAUAUUACUUAUUUUAGAUCUUGUCUCUAUUGGAUUUUUAAGGCAGACAAAUUUCUUCUUUAGUUUAAAGUCUUCAUGUUGCUUUGUUUUGUUUUUUAAUGUGUAAAAACUGUUAUUUUGUGUAAUUUCAUACAAGAAAUCUAUUUUUCUUCCCCUAAUCUUAAGGGUGUUUGCUAUAGACCAGUUACUUUCUGUUCAAAUUAAACAUUUUUUUUCUUUUAUCAAAUUUUCAGUGCCUUCAAAUAUAUUUUUAUACAUAAGUGACUGCAUACAAUGAAUUUAAUGGUGAUGGGGAGGGGGUUGAUUUGUGAAUUGGCCAAGGUCUUGUAAUAUGUGAGUUGGCUUAAGGUCACAUAGUUAGUUACAUAUGGUGGUCUGGGUACCCAACUAGUUGCAUCAUAUUAAAUGUGGCUCCAUCAUGCUACAAUUUUCUCCAAUACUUUUACCAAAUGAUUACUUGUUACAUCAUGUGUUAAGCAUUAAACAUCUUAUUUGGAGCCAGCAUUAUCCGAAACUUUUUGUCUGGGGUCAAGGUUGUAAAAAAAAAACCUUACAUUUUCAUAUAUUGAUAUAAAUUAACUACAUAUAAUUAUUAUUAUAAUGAAAUAAUAAUAGUUGUUAAUGUAAUCAACAUUAUCGUAUGUGUGUAAUAUGUAGACAAUAAUAAUCCUAUUUAUACAUUUUUAUUGUCAUGUAAUUAUACUUAUCUUAAACGAAGUCUCUUUUAGUUUGAUAUUUAGACAACUAUAAUAUAAUCUCAUCGUAUUUAUAUAUUAGCAUAGUUAAGUAAUUAACCACAUCUGAAAUAGAAUCAGGCUCAAAAACUUAGACUGGAUUUUUUCCUUUUUUGUCUUUUUAAUAGUAAAAAAAAUAUUGCAUUUUGUAUUUCUGUCUGAUUCAGUUUAUUGUAUUUGAGUGUAACUAAAAAUGUUUAAAUUUGUAUCAGUUUCUAUAAGCUUUCUAAUGGAAUUUCUGUUUUAAUUAUUUUGUUUUAUGUUUUUUUUUCUAGUAUGCAUGUGGGGACACAUGAUGUAAUUCUUACUUAGUCAAAAUUGUGUAAUUUGUCUUGCCAGGUCAUCCGUCCUAUUUAUGUCAAAGGUUGAGUUCAACCUUCUUGUUGUGAAGUGAUUUGUCUACUAAUUAGUUCUGUCAGAGCACAUUUGAUAACUGUCCAAAAAUCAUAAUUUCAUGUGAUCUCCAUCACCUAGACUUACCUUUUAAAUAGACAGUUUAUAUUAGAAACAAACAACUCAAGUAUUGGGAGAAAGAAAAAAAAGUAUUUUUUUAUUUAUUUGUAGUGAACGCACAAAUUUAUUUUACGAGUGUUUUAUUUUUAUUUGGACCCAAGUUUUGUUUUAUUUUCUCAGAGGGAUCUGUGCUGUUAGUCUUUUUUUUUUUAACCUUGUCAUUCCAAACUGAUUUUUUUUUACAUUUUUAAUUUUCCAAACACUUCAACAUGCCUGUUUGGAUUGAUGUAAAUAAAAUAAAAAAUGUUCUCCAUAUUGAUAAAGAGAAUAUUGGUUUUUGUUGUUUUUUUUUGUUUGUUUGUUAAAAUUUUUCCAUCAAAAUGUAUAUGGUAAGAAAUCAACUACUCUCAAAAUUAAAUGAACUAUAUUCUGAAAAAGUUCUGAUCAAUUUCAUUUGAAUUUUUUAAAUAUUUUUUUUUAAUAAGUCGUAUCUUUUUGUAUCAAAUUUAUAGGACAGACUAAAUUGUUUAGUUUAUCCAAAGUUUAAAAAAAAAGAUCAGCCCUACCAUUAAUGAGAUCAAACUUAUUUCAGUUAUAAAUCCAUCAGCUAACAAUGAAUGCAUUCAAUUGAUGUCCUAGUACUAGAUAAUGCAAUUCAUGUUUAGUAGCAUUCAUUCUUGGGUGGUUAAAAUUUUCAAACCUUUAAGCUAACUUCUAUCAGAGUUUGAGAUUAGGAGGGAUGACUAGUUUUCAAGAACAAGUUUGGUUAUCUACCAUUAAAAAUGUUUACCAAAAAUUAUUGUGACAUUCUUAACAAAAACUACAUUCUUAUACAUUAUUUGAAAUUCAUUGAUAACCUUUUGUAGACAUCUAUUUUUUAUGCUUUUUUUUUUAUAUUUCAUUUUGUCAAAUAUAGUCUAUCUACAUCAAUUUUUUUGGGUUUUUUUUUAGAUUAUAUUCUGGGGAACAACAAACUCCUGUUGUUUUCAGUUGCACCACUAGAUAUUUUCUUAAUUGUUUUAUUUCAUUAGAUUUUAUUCUAUCAAAUGUACAUUCAUAGUAAAUUCUUUAAGCCACACCUAUUUUAUUUGAUCAGAUCUGUCAAGGAAGAGAAUGAUACUAAAUGCAGACUCUCCAUUGGUAUUGUCUUAAUGCCAACUAUAAAACGAUGUAACAUUUUAUUUUUCUGCACAAAUUCAGCCAUUCCCUCUGAGUGCGUCCAUUAAAUUUGGAGUGAUGUUUGCUGUGGAUACUUUUGUUUUGUUGCACUUUCCAGAAGAUGUCUAAAAUGUUUGACUGUCUACCAAUAGUCAAUAUAAUACCACUAUAUCAAUAAAGACAUUUCCCCAAAAGUGUCAUAGUGUUGGUUUUAUGUAAAUUUCUUGAGCUACUUUAGACUUUAUUAUUAAAUGAAGCAUUAGCAUUCUAGUUCAUGUUUUUUCUUUGAAAUGGUAUUUACUAUGGAAAAAAAACAUAAUAUUCAAUAACAGUACAAGUAAGUAAAGUUCCCUUUUUCAGACCUUGCAAUCUACAGGGCAGAUGAUGUAAAGGUCAUCUGUUACCCAGGGUUAAUGAGGUUUUCAUGUGGCCAACACAAUGACCAACUGCCUUUAUUUUUCCCUGCUAAUGUCAGAUAUCCAAUAUAGCUGUGUGGACUCAGAGGCGCCUUUAAAAUCCCAAUAUUAAAAAACCCAUUCUUCAGCAGAAUUCGAACCCAGCACAAGUAUGUGAUAGUUAAUAUGAGAGAUGGUAAAGAAAAUUCCAUCAUGAAUGUGUUCCAUCUUCACACUUUUCAAUAAUACACUUAAAUGUAUGUAUUGGCCUCCGUCAGUCGUAGAACGACUAUGGUUCAUCUCAGAAGUGAGAUGAAAGCCUGGGCAUACACUUAAAUAUAAAAGUGAAAACCUGAAGGCUGCUUCCAAUUGAGAAAUAUUUUUUUUAAUCAAAGGUGAUGUUAAAAAUUGUUAUUCUUAAUGUUCAUUGUUCAUCUUGAAACCAGAAUAAACCUUGCUCAGUUCAA